ACUGCCCGGCGCCGGCCCCGCCCCGCCGCCCUCAUAAGGCCUCCCCUCCUCCCCCCCCAAGGCUGCGCCGAGCGGGAGGCCGGAGUGUUGUGGCCGCGGCCAUGGUGCUGAGCCCGGUGCUGGGGAAGCUGGUCAGCAAGCGGGUGGUGCUGGCCAGCGCCUCGCCGCGCCGCCAGGAGAUCCUCACCAACGUGGGCCUACGGUUUGAGGUAGUUCCAUCCUGGUUUAAAGAGACACUUGAAAAGUCAUCUUUUGCAGCCCCUUAUGAAUAUGCCAUAGAAACAGCAAAACAGAAAGCUCUUGAAGUAGCAAAUAGAAUGCACGUGAAACACCUGAGAACACCUGAUAUUGUUAUAGGAGCAGACACUAUUGUGUCUGUGGAUGAGCAGAUCUUGGAGAAACCAGUUGAUAAGCAAGAUGCAUAUAGGAUGUUAUCAAGGUUGAGUGGGAAGGAGCACAGUGUUUUCACAGGAGUGGUUAUUAUACACUGCAGCAGUAAAGAUAAUCAGCUAGAGACAGAAAUCACUGAUUUCUAUGAAGAGACUAAAGUAAAAUUCUCCGACCUUUCGGAAGAGCUCCUAUGGGAGUACAUUCAUAGUGGAGAGCCCAUGGACAAGGCCGGUGGAUAUGGAAUCCAGGCCCUUGGUGGAAUGUUAGUUGAAUAUGUCCAUGGAGACUUCUUGAAUGUGGUGGGAUUUCCUCUGAAUCGCUUCUGCAAAAAACUAGCGGAGUUGUACUAUCCGCCCCUUAAACAUACUGUUCAGCAUAUAAAACAUGACUCUAUCCCUUCUGUGGACACUUUUGAGAGCCUAAGUGAUGGAGAAAGUGAAUCCUCAAGUUUCAAGGAACAUAAAGGUGCUAAUAAUUUGGACAGCACUGGGAUAUGUUCCUCAGGAGUUAUUUGCAACUCUGAAAACAGCUCUGGUGUCAGAACUGGUUCUGUGGUACCUUCGGAAAAUCAGAAUGGAGUGUCAGAAAGCGCAGCAAAAGUUCCAACUAAAAUUCUAGACCUGAUGGAUGGUUUUAGAGCCUCAAAGGCUCUGUUUGUAGCCUCUAAGCUGAAGUUGUUUGAUCAUUUGAAAAAGAAAAGUCCUCUGAAGGCUGUGGAUGUUGCAAAUGAGGUUGGAACUUCUGUGUGUGGAACUGAAAGACUCCUUGAUGCCUGUGCUGCUCUUGGAUUGCUGGAGAAAACACCACAAGGUUAUAGUAAUACAGAUUUGGCGAACACUUACCUGGCAUCUGAUGGUGAAUAUUCACUUCAUGGCUACAUUAUCCACUGUAAUGACCAUCUUUGGCCUCUCUUUACACACCUGGAGUCUGCUGUUAAAGAAGGAAGCAGGCAGAACCAUCGAGCCUUUGGAAAGAAAACGGAGGAUUUAUUUAAUGACUAUUAUCAGAGCCAGGAGGUGAAACAGCGUUUUAUGGCUGCCAUGCACAGUAUUGCCCACCUUACAGCAAGAGACGUGGCUACAGCAUUUGAUCUCUCAGAGUUUAAGACUGCUUGUGAUUUAGGAGGUUGUACUGGAGCUCUGGCUCAUGAAUUAAUACAAACAUACCCAAAUAUGAAGGUCACGGUGUUUGACCUUCCAGAAGUCAUUGCAAACGCCUCUUACUUUCAACCUUCAGAACAAUGCACAGCUCCAGUGACGUUUGUAUCAGGUGACUUCUUCAAGGAUGACCUUCCAGAAGCAGAUCUUUACAUACUUUCACGUGUUCUUCAUGACUGGCCUGAUGAAAAGAUUCAUGUACUGUUAAACAAAAUAUCAACUGUUUGCAGACCAGGAAGUGCCUUGCUAGUGGCAGAAACUGUCCUUGAUGAGCAGAAGACACACCCUCCUAGAGUAGUACUGCAGUCUCUGAGUAUGACUGAAGGCAAGCAGAGAAGUGGCUCAGAAUAUAAGCAGCUGCUGGAGAAAUAUGGAUUCACAAGUACACAAAUUAAGGUCACAGGCAACUUAUUAGAUGCUGUUUUGUGCUUCAAGAAGAGUCAAUCAUGUUAGCGUGCACAGAAAUAGCAUGGGAUGCUGUGUUGUUUUAAUGUGUGCAAUAUACCUAUCAUUGCCCAGCAUUGUCAGUUUAGGACCAUUUUGACCCUUUACAUGAAACAUGGAUGUUACAAGCUUUGAAUAAAAAGUUGAACUCAAUCCUGCACAAGCUGUAAUCUUUGGGAUGGUAGUCCUCUUUUUCACUUUUCUAUGGGGUUUUACGUAGAAGCACUUCAAGGAUGCCAUUUUAUGCUUUUUUAAUUUGGUCCAAAGUAAGAAGACUAAGCUCUAACCAAGUUCCGAGAGUAGUUGUAAUAUCCUAGGAACUUCAGUAGCUUCUAAUUUCCAGGCACAGUAUAUAACCACACUUGAGUUGUUUCCAUUGGUUCCUGUCAGAUUUGUUCUUUUUCUGAAUAUUUUUUGAGUAUUGUUAAAUGGCUAUUUAAACUUUGCCUCAUUUGAGAUGAAUUUAGAUGAAUUGUAGGUUUUAUACAUAAAUUCUCAAAGAAACUUCUAUUCAUAGAUCUUUAUGUUCCAGCUUUUAAUUAGAGAAAUACACACUCCAUCCCCUCUCCUCAAGUACUUUGUCGCUAAUGUCACCACUCUUAAUUGUUUUCUUUCUGAUACUAUAUUAGUAUUUACUAUUUCUAUUUCAAAUGUCCUUUGUAGUAGAAGCAUUCCUGGAGAUUAAAGUUGUACUUUCAAACUAGCUUUCACUUCUAUCAGUUAUUACUGGAGCAGUAAUCCUAAGGAGCCAACCUCAGCAAAUAAAGAGUCUGAGCAAGGUCAGGAGUUGCAUCUGCCUGCUAGACUCUGUCUUGUUAUUUAAUCAGAAGUUACUUUGCUCUUUGAACGCUGAGUAAAGCAAAUGUACCACAGUGAUUCAUUGAGUUCAUCUAAGAGACAUAUAGUACAGAGUAUUUUAGCUGUAGAAAACUAGGGAAAUGUCAGAUUUCAUCCAGAGAGGGUUUUGUAAGUCUUAGCAGAAGCUUUUUAUGUAUGAAAUUUUGCUGAUUUCAUCUGUACAGAUGUAUGGAGAGAUGAGAUGUUGGACUUCUGAACUUAUUUAAAACAAGUUUAUUUUCUGUAUUGAUAAGAAGUUUGCCAUUAUGCUUAAAGGGUUUAUAUUUUAAAAGACUUAUUCCGGCAAUGAAUUUUUGUUUCAGUUAUUCAUCGAGUUUAUGCUGUGCUUCAGGCUGUUAGAAGCUGUUUGAGUCAGAACACUGCACUCCUAAAGCUGGCACGCUUAUUACUGUGAGACUUAAAUUUGUAGCUCUGAGUACUGUGUUCUUAACGACUAUAAAACUUGACUAGCAUAUGUGGUUACCACAUCACUUCAGUGUAUUCUGUUAUUUAAGUGCAGUGCUUUAUACAAAAUGAGACCUAGUUCCUUGAGCAUGGUGCCUGUGGUAAUGUACUAACACAGCUCUGUGUUCUUCAUCAUUUCUUUUUUCUGAAGUCAGUUUUAAGAUAUGAAUGUGAAAUAGUUUUUUUGUUUUAAAAAAACCCAACAAGUUAUUACAAUAAAUUACUGCUGUGUGGUGGUGUUA